AUGUGCGAGACACCCGAAGUCGAAAUCAAAAAUGUCCGCGAGGUUUAUGAGGUGAUAGCAAGUCACUUCUCCGAGACGCGGUACAAGGGCUGGCCUAAAGUGGAGUCUUUUUUAAAAUCACUUCCGCCACACGCCGUUGUUCUUGACGUUGGAAGUGGCAAUGGGAAGUAUCACAACGUGAACAAGGACAUUCAAGUCGUUGGAUUCGAUCAAUGCUAUAAUUUACUUCUUGAAGCCGUCGCUCAUCAACACAGCCAGAACGUCCAAAGCGAUUCUCUCGCCCUCCCUGUGAAAUCCGGGUUUGCAGACUUCGCUAUAUCCGUGGCAGUCAUCCACCAUUUUUCCAGCGAAGAGAGAAGAGUCGCGGCUAUUCAAGAAAUCGUCAGGGUACUCAAAAUCGGGGGAAAGGCCAUCAUCACCGUGUGGGCAAAGGAACAGGCGAAAUUCGAGAAACGUGAGGGACAGGAUUUGAUGGUGGAAUGGCACCUACAAAAAGGAAAAGAGAAAAAGUCAGAGAUUAAUGAGCCCGAGGCAAAGACUGGAAAGGAUGGGGAAAAGGUCUAUGAACGGUAUUAUCACGUCUUUGUCAAGGGAGAGUUGGAGAAUUUGGUCAAUCAAAUUCACGAAUGCAAAGUUGUGGAGUCUGGAUUUGAGAAGGACAAUUACUACGUGAUAGUCAGCAAAGUGAGUGAAGCUAAUUAA